AUGAUAUUUAUUCCUUUCUUUCUUUUAACUUUGCCUUCUUUCCCAUUUCACCUCCAUAUUUCUUAUAACUCAUUCGACAGCGACUUACCAUUGCAACACGACUCCGUACCCUCCUCCCCGUCUCCACUGGGCAAGCUUUUAUUUUCUGAAAAUGGUCCAGGAUUUCGGGGGAAGAGAUCGCUCUAUUUAUCUAUCUAUCUAUCUAUCUAUCUAUCUAUCUAUCUAUCUAUCUAUCUAUCUAUCUAUGUAGGCUAUCUAUCUAUCUAUCUAUCUAUCUAUCUAUGUAGGCUAUCUAUCUAUCUAUCUAUCUAUCUAUCUAUCUAUCUAUCUAUCUAUCUAGGUAGCUACCUAGCUAUCUAUUUCAGUCUCCUCAUAUCUAUCUAUCUAUCUAUCUAUCUAUCUAUCUAUCUGUACUAUUUAUUAUAUCUAGCUAUCUAUUUCGGUCUCUUCAUAUCUAUCUAUCUAUCUAUCUAUCUAUCUCAAUUUGUUCACAUCUAUCUACCUAUCAAUCUAUCUAUCUCAAUUUGUUCACAUCUAUCUAUCUAUCUAUCUAUCUAUCUAUCUAUCUAUCUAUCUAUCUAUCUCAAUUUUCUCCUCAUAUCUAUCUAUCUGUACUAUUUAUUCUAUCUAGCUAUCUAUUUCGGUCUCUUCAUAUCUAUCUAUCGAUCUAUCUCAAUUUGUUCACAUCUAUCUACCUAUCUAUCUAUCUAUCUAUCUAUCUAUCUAUCUAUCUAUCUAUCUCAGUUUGUUCACAUCUAUCUAUCUACCUCAAUUUGUUCACAUCUAUCUAUCUAUCUAUCUAUCUCAAUUUGUUCACAUCUAUCUAUCUAUCUAUCUAUCUAUCUAUCUUUUCUUUUUUCUUUUUUACACAUUUCUUUACCCCUCUCUUUUCUCUUUAUCUUUCUCUCUUUAGAGACUGCAGAAGGAAUCAGGACAAACAUUUGA